AGAUGUUUGCUGGCCAAUUGUACAAAGAUAUCACAAAUAAAAGCAAUGUAUUUUGUAAGAUUCUAUGAAUAAAUUCAAAUUCGUUGUUCUUAGGUGGUGCGCAUGCCUCAAGGAGUACGUGGAUGUUUUGAACAUUUAUGUAUAUUUUCUGAUAAAUUGUAAAAAAAAUGAAAAAGUUUGUAAUUCCAUUACAAUUGCUAUUGUAUACUUUUAUGUCAACGGAAAUAUAGUUCAUGAAAGUUUUCGAUCAUUCAUUAAAUAUCGCGUUUGACUUGCGUAGUUUUUUCAGGAAGGUGGAACACGCAUUCGUGCAUAUGACAUGGCGCAGGUUAUCGCAGUUUUAUCCACAAUUCCAAAGUUAUCACAUCAUCUUCGUGCACACCUUCCAAAUUUAAUUAUCUACGAUGUUUUGUCAGAAAAAGACAAUGCGUUAUCGAAACUCAACAAGGCAGAAAUAAUGGUGGCUGAUUGUGAUUUAUUAAUACCAUAUUUGGGAAAAUUACCAAAACUGCAGUGGGUACAAUCAACGUGGGCAGGAUUGGAUAAUUUAAAUCCAUUUAUUCAAGAUAAACAAUUUGAUUUUAUUCUUUCACGUUUUUCUGAUAAAAGUUUUGGUUUAGCAAUGUCGGAAUAUGUAAUAACACAAAUUGUUAACUUUGAGCGAGAUCAGAAACAGCAGUAUGAAAAUCAAAAAAAUUCAGAUUGGAAAACAGAUGUUGCACAACACUUAAAAAUGUUUGGGGCUACAAUUUGGGGAAUGACACGCACUCCUUUAAAAGAACACUUGGACUACGUAGAUGAACAUAGAACGACAGAUCUAUUAUCAGAUAUAUUAACAAACUGUGAUUAUAUUAUUAAUGUAUUACCUUCUACUAAAAAUACUAUUGGACUUUUAAAUGGCACAAUUCUAGAACAUUGUAAAGAUCAUAAUGUUGUAUUUAUUAAUAUUGGACGUGGAACAAUUAUUAAAGAAUCAGAUCUUUUAAAUGCUUUGGAGCACAAAUGGAUAAGUGCUGCAAUUUUAGAUGUUUUUCAAGAAGAACCAUUACCAAAAAACAGUAAAUUAUGGCAUUUAUCAAAUGUAAUUAUUUCACCACAUAUCUCUGGGGUGACACGUCCGCAAGAUGUUGCUAAUCAAUUUGCAGAAAACUAUAUAAAAUAUAAAAAUGGUGAAUCUAUACCAAACAGUUUUAAUUAUCAAACAGGUUAUUAAUUAUUUUCCAUUAAUUGUCGUGCGUAUUUGUAAUAAGACAGACUCAUAUUAUGGAUUUGUAAUCUACAAAUAUAUUAUAUAUACUCAAGAAAAUAAAUCAAAUAUUAUACACUUGACAAUUUUAUAUAU